AUGAUAAAAAUAAUGAGAUAAUAUGAAGAAAAAAUAAAAAAAUAAACUAAAAAAUAAUUUUAGAUUUAUAAAAAAUGGGUAGCCUUAUUAAAUACGAUGAACAUGUAUGUUAUUCUUGUUGUAGAAAAUAAAAGUGAAUGUGAAACUAUAAACUCUUAAAUUGAAUGUAGUGUUAAAAAUUAGUAAACCUUUAUCUAAAAUUAUGAUUAAUAUAUUGCUGAAUAAAAUGAAAAAGUAAAACCUUUAUCCGAUAAUCCCUUCUACAAUUUAAAAUGA